AUGGAGACGCAGGACAGUAUCGACAUCGCGAAGCUCCAACGCGACGCGUUGGGACUAGUACAUGAGCACGAACCAUCGCAGCCAUUUUCUUCUGGUCUGGCGGGAAUUGACAGCACUUCACCAAAUAAUUCCUCCCGUCUCGUCCAUUCAGUCAUUCCUUCUCAAGGUGACGCACCGCCGACCGACCCCGAGCUGUCUACACUUCACUCAUCGAACACACCCAAAUCCCCUCUGAAACAACAAUUCAGCCUCCCUGCCACAAUACAACAUGCGAAAGCCUCAAUGAGCUCCCACACCAGUGCAGCUACAUCGGAAAACACCCACCCUGUGGGCGGACCGCAGCUCGAAAAAAUGGACUCUGUAGAGGGUGACCCCGGGGAUACCCAAGUUGUCUCACAAUCCGUGUACGAUAGCAUCAUUCGACAGAAUGGGGAAUCGGUAUACGGAGAUUUCUUACAGAAUGGUGCGGAUAAUGCAACACUCAUGACCCUGCAUGAGGGCGAUAGUGGCCAUCUCGAUAUCCUCGCCGAAUUUAAUACUUUACGCCACGAAAGAAACCAGUCUCCAACGAAUGAUGAUGAAAGCGUCUACGCCCAAAGCCCAUCCUCCCCGAUCGCUGACCACAGCCUACAACCCGAAUUCUUCCCCGAAUCGCAACGAUUCUUGACGACUACCCCAGCUACCGCGAUAAAGAAGAAGAAUCAAACGCCUGGCACAUCUCAAACCCCGAGCGCCUCGAGAAACCCGUUAUUGGCCGACCUUGGAUCGAGUGGUGGUCUUUUGAUGGGCCUCAGCCAAGUUUUCAAGAACACCCAAGCUCCCUCCUCCCCCCUGGUCCAUGGCCUUCACUCCGAAUUAGCAUCAGAUCGACCUUCGCCCAAUGUUCCCAUACAGCAACGUAUACAUAACCCGAUCUCCUCGCCACUAGUGAACUUCCGCGGAAACUUUGCACGAGAGUCUUCCGAACCGAACCUCAACUACAUAUCUUUGAAGGAAUCACAACAUAACCGCGACAAAUCGCUUGGAGAGAGGUUGACGCGAUCGGAAGAAAACCUGCACUCAGGGGAUCAGAUCGAUCAGGAUUUCUACAAAGAACCUUCAUUCGUGGAGGCCGCGAGGCGUAAACGGGAAAUUGACGAGGAGACUGCGGCACAAUUCGCAGCUUUGAAUACGCCUGGUCGACCUCGAAGUGAUGCUGGUGGAUCCUCCCCCGCCACCUCUAUUCAUAUCCACGAGGAUGAUGCAAUUGGGAUGCACGGAGCCGGAAGCGAAGAGGAAACGGAACAAGAAGAAGAAGAUGCGGGGCCGCAAGUACCCCAAUCCCAAGAGCCCCCUCCUGCUUCCAUGGAGGAGGAUAAAGAAAAUUACAUUGCUCCUCAUGAGCCUGCAGUUGCUACAAGCAAUGCACACGACCGUUUAUCCCAAGCCCUUGGCAUGGAAGGAAGCCAAUCGGCGGCAGAUCAUGCCGAUGAUACUGUGCAUCAAGACUUGAGCGAAGUGAAUGAUUCUGAUAAUCAGCUCGUCGCCAGGUCUUCACAAGUUAUGGUUAAGGAUUCUCAGCAAACACCGCAGGGGUCGCCGAGGCAAGAAAAUGCGCCAUCUGGUCUUCAAUCAGUGCCGGAGGAUAUGGAAAUUGAUGCAGAAAUACACGUUGCACGGACUUCCCCUGCUGGUCAGAGCCUAGAGUCGCCAUCUCUUGACUCACGUCCGGGAACGAUGCAUUCUCGGUUCCCCGGCCGCAACUCUCAACAGCAGAGUACUCGUUCAUCACAUCGCAAUGAAGCAGAAGAUGCAGAAUAUCAGCCGGCCAACGGAGACAAACCCGAGUCCUCCCACGAUCAAUCCGAAACCAUUUCACAUGGGGCACUCCUCCGGCGGACUGGAUCGUAUCCAGGAGAAAAGUCCUCCUCGCUGCCCUCGCAAAUCAAAGAAACACCAAUCCACCUGCGGCCAUCAGUCAGCGAUAUCUCUCAAAUGACAAAAGUUCCCAACACUAGCCCUGAUCGUCAGGGAUCUAAUAGAUGGGAUGGCGAAUCCAAUGAGAAUAAUGAGGACGACGAUCUUCCACCCAUGUUUCCAGUGGGAAACUCCGCCCGGUUCAGCCAACAACGGCCAUCUCAAAUACGUGCUCAGUCUUCGCCAAUCAAGUGCAAGCCAUCAAUAUUGUCAAGUCCGAGUGGACGACAGCGCAGAAGAUUGAUGGACAUUGCAUCAGAUACCUCCCCGCAGGUUCACGGCAAAGACAAAGUAGUUGAAAUCGAUAUGAGUUUUUUCACGAACGAUCCGGAUUUUAACGCACUGAUUCAAGGAUCUCCAACGCGCCCGAGAAAAAGACGCCGCGGAAAUCUGGGUCAGUCCUUCGACACGUCUGAGAUCACACUUCCUGCAACUCCAGCCGCAGAGCUUCCACAAACAAUCACCCCAAUCCAAGAGAUAUCUAGCCCUGUGAAAACUCAAUCAUCGGCUGAGACCCAGGUUCCUACGGCUACAGCUCGUCGACAACACGGUCCAUCUCGACGUGUGGAUGCAAAUGUAUGGGAAAUUGAGAGCUCGCCUCAGCAGAUCAUCCCUCGAAGAUCUAAAUCCAGGCGCAUGCAAACGUUCCCGUCUCGACACCGUCCUCAAUUACAGAAGAACCCGCAGCCCCGGUCAGAACCUUCAGCAGAAACCUCUGCACAGGCCUUGUCGCAACCUUCUGAGACCCAGCGCGAGAAACAGUCUGAGAGCCAAUCAAAAAGUCAACCCAAGAGCCAGUCUGCGAGUCAGCUCGAAAAGCAACCACGUCCAAAACCAUUUGUUGUUAUUCCAAGGCCCAUCUCAGCUCCAUCAUCUCAACUAACGGAGCUUGAUAUUGACUCUGAAUAUCUGCUCUCGUCAGACCCUCGUCAGGCGAGCGCACCACUUUCGCCAAAACCAGCAGCAGUCGGUUUCGAUGAACGUCAGAUCGCCCCUUGUCAAAUCAUUUCUUUGUGGCCGGAUAGAAAGCCAGCCUACUAUCCAGGAACUUGCUUAGGAAAGCCUCUUGGUACUUCGGUGACCAAGUAUUCCGUUAAACUCGAGGAUAGUCUUCCGAUCGAAGUGAACAAGGUUGCUGUGAAAAGACUCGAACUUCGAAUUGGAGAUGCAGUCAAAGUUGAAAUGCCGGGUAUUCCAAGGGUCACGCACAUAGUCCGUGGGCUCGAGGAUAAACUCACCAAGGAAGAAUUGACCAAAGCUGCGGAAAGAGGCGAAUAUCCUCUAACCGAUAUCUUUGGCUACUCGACUGUUGUUCUGGGACCAAAGAAUCGCGAGAGCCUUCCCGCUGGUUAUCUGAACAAAAACACAAAUGUAAUCAGAGUUCCAAUCGCUCGAAUUUAUCUCGACAAGACCCUGUGGCAUCGUCUGAAAGACCGAGACUAUACAUACCAACAUGAAACCGCGCCUCCUCAACAGUCCUUACCCCAAACUCCUGUGAAAUCUCCCUUGCCGGCAUCACCGAGUGCCAGAUUCUCGCGCAACGCCCAGGGCGUUGGUCUGUUUUCCAACAUGGCGUUUGCGGCUUCUUACAAAGACGAUGAGGCCUCAAAGAAUAAUAUCCUGCGUCUGAUCAAAGAGAAUGGUGGAUCAAUCUUACACAGCGGGUUUACUGAACUAUUCGAAUCGUCAUCCGUUCUGCGUACCUCGACAUCCCCUACAAAAGGACACCACAAGCAGGGAAGUACGUUCCUUUCUGGACUCAAUCUUACGGACUCAGCCCAAAAUAUCGGAUUUGCCUGUCUGAUCGCAAACACACACUCGCGUCGUGAAAAAUUCAUGCAAGCUUUGGCGCUCAAUAUUCCCUGUCUUUCAGGGCGCUGGGUCGAGGACUGUGUGACCCAAGGCUGUAUACUUGACUGGGGCAUCUAUUUACUACCUGCCGGAGAAUCAAUGUAUCUCGAUGGUGCGACAAAGUCGAGAAUGCUCAUUCCAACUCCGCCAUCCAAAGCACGCCUUCCCCAGACAAUUUCCGCAAGGCCAAAACUGCUUGAUGGAAAGUCUGUGUUAAUUGUCAUGGGUCGUGGCAAGGCCGAGGAAAAGAGAGAGGCCUACGUUUUCCUCACCUUCGCCCUGGGUGCUUCUCGGGUGGAACGUGUUCCUGAUGUCGAGGCCGCGCGCUCGGUCCUGGAAUCUGAAUUCGAUUCUGGUCUUCCUUGCAGCUGGGACUUAGUGUAUGCUGAUGACGCGGACCGUGAUGCUGCCAGAACCAUGCUAGUCCCUCGGCCCAUGUCCCAGAGGAUUCAAGGCAAGAAGCGAAAGAAGUCUGCCGCGUUCGCUAUGGAUCCCUCUGAUAUGGAUCCCUCUGAUACAAGUGACACACCAAGAGUCGUUGGUGCUGAGUUUGUAUGCCAAAGCCUGAUUCUGGGACAAUUGUACGACGAGUGA